GGUGCAUAUAAAAGAGAUUUAGAAAUUUAUUUUAAAGCAUUUAGUUCGUCGCGAUGAAGGUGGUAACAGUGAUAGUCUUCCUCGCUCUUGCUGCGUACUCCAACCAGCAGGAAACCCAGCCCGAAGACGCAGCCCGCGUGGAGAAAAUCCGGCAAUACCGGAACGAAUGCAUCGAGCAGACUAAAGUGGAUCCGGUCCUGAUCGAUCGCGCAGAUACCGGCGAUUUCGCCAAAGACCCCAAAUUGUACUGCUUCUCGAAGUGCUUUUACCAAAAAGCGGGUUUCGUCGCAGAAAACGGCGAUCUCCUGCUGGAUGUAAUCAAGGAGAAGAUUCCGAAGGAAACCGAUAGAGAGAAAGCUCUCGGCGUCAUCGAAAAGUGCAAGGAUCUGAAAGGAGGCGAUUCCUGCGAGACGGUGUUCCUGGUACACAAGUGCUACUUCGAGAACACUUACAAGAAGGAUUAGGGAGAGGUGGCGUGGGUGCUGUGAAAGAAAAUCGUUAUUUGUAGGUGAUGCGAGAGAUUUGUCUAUUUUUAUAAAUAAAGAAUAAAGUCUGUGGUAUUUUUUUAUAAACUUACUGUAAGAGAGGAGGAAUAAAGAGGUUGCUCUCGA